UCCAUAUACAGUACCGUUAAAACUUUCCUCCAAUCAGUGUAGCGUCUAAUAACUUGGCCAAGUGGAGUUUGUCCGGUACCUUUUUGUUCACUUUCACUCGGGUUUGGUUUGGCACAGUAUGAGGUGUUGGUCUUAGUGAUUCGGUAUUGUCUUUAUGCAAACAGCUCCUUUCACCGACAUCAUGCCUAUUGUCACAGUCAUGGUUUAUAUGGAGGCAGCGGUGGAUGUGAGGAUUACAUCCGUUUGAGGAGCGCUGAUCCAGGCUGUGUUUCUCUCUGAGCCCCUGACAGCCCCGUCUCAGCCAUGAGUUGUCUGGAUGUGAUGUUUUACCAAAGUUAUGGAGCUCACUAUCUCCCUGCGUCUUCAGCAGCAGCGGCAGCAGCCUACAAAGCCGCAUACUACCAUCAUCAACAGCAUCAGCAGCAGAAGAAGCUGGGUGUGUACAGCAGCAUGCAGCAGGACAGCCAAGAGCAGCAGUGUCCAGGGGGGAGACAACAACAGCAGCGUGGGGGAGGAGGGGGGAGACUGGCUGGGGAGCAGUGGGUCCAACGGGGCCUGGAGGGUUCUGGGCUGAGGGGCUGUGGGGGUACUGGGAAGGACAGCCAGCCCGCUGAGGCAGAGUACCUGAGCUCCAGGUGUGUCCUGUUCACCUAUUUCCAUGGUGACAUUGGGGAUGUGGUGGAUGAACAUUUCUCUAGGGCUCUGAGCCAAACCAGUGCCUUCACUGGAGAGACCAAGAACUCUAGGACCACCCCCAUGCACACCUCUGCCUCGGUUGGACUGUGGAAAGACAGUGUAUCUCUCUCGGAGGCCCAGUGUGGUUCCCUGUCCUCCUCUCUGUGGGGUGGAGGUUACCCGUCCCAGACCAGCCCCUGUCUCUCCGUCCACCCAGACUUCUCCCCCAGCCCAGCAGCCUUCCAUGCCCCAGACAGUGCUCUGUGGACGGGCCACAUUCUGCCCCAGCCCAGCCUCCCUCCUACAGCCUCUCUCCCAGACCACUGGGCCUACAGCCGCAACCCUCAGACCUCCGCCAGCUACACACACGCCCACAAUGUCUACACACACACACACCCUCACACACACAUGCACCCCCACCACACCCACCCGGUCAUACAUCCCCACCUGUCCCAUGGCCUAGGCCUGGACCCCAGGUUCAGCCCUCUACUCCUGCCUGGUGUGAAGACUCAGAGUCCCCUAGCCCACAGCCCUGCUGGUCACAGCACACACAGUAACACACACAGCAGCCAGAGCCCAGGGAUACAUAGUGGUGUGAAGAUAGAGGUGGAGCAGGCCAGCCCCAGCCCGAACCCCCCCACCCUGACCCCCUCAGCCUGGCCCGCAGCUCUACACACACCCUUGGAUAUCUACGACUCAGGUCUGGAUCAGGACAAAGUCAAUACUGUUUGGUUCUGAGAGAGAGGAUAUGACAUCGCUGUGACAUCACCCUGGCACUGAGCUGUGACCAGCUCUAACAGAACCCCCUGGAACCACAACACAUUUCCUGUGUACUCACUCUCAAGUAGAAGACUCUCCGCUCACUAGAAAAAGUCCAGGGUGGGUUUACAGAUGUAGGAUCUUAAUUUGAUCACUCUUUUAUUGAUGAGAAUUUUACUGCAAAGCAGGAAAUGCAAACUUG